AUGGACCUGAACCUCCUCCAGGCGAAUAUCAACCACUGCGCCAGAGCUCAGGACCUCCUCUUCCAGAGCAUGGCGGAGUGGUUGAUUCACGUAGCCGUGGUAGCUGAGCCCUAUCGCGUCCCUUCUGGGGAUAAUUGGGUGGGAGAUACGGAAGGAGUGGUUGCCAUAACGUCCCGGUCCAUAGUGGGCUCUCCAGCCUUCGAUAACGUAGUGCGAGGUCGGGUAUACGUCUCGGCUUUCGUUGACGACGUUAUGGUAGUCGGAGUGUACUUCUCGCCUAAUAAAAGUCUCGCUGACUUCGAACAGUUUCUUGCUGAAGUCGGCGUCCUGAUAAGCAGAAGACGCUCCGGCCGCGUUCUUGUCGCUGGGGACCUCAAUGCAAAAUCUGUGGCAUGGGGGUGUCCAGCGACGGAUCCGCGUGGACGAGAGCUGGAGGAAUGGGCGAUGGCGACUGGCCUCACGGUCUUAAACCGAGGAUCGGUAAAC